AUGUUAUUUCGAAAAGAUCCAUGCGGAAUUAUAUGUAUUGCAUUAACAUAUGCAAUGCUUUUGCAUUGUCUAUAUGUUAUUCUAUUUAUUAUUAUUAUGCCAUUAUUAAAUGAAAGUUUAUAUGGUACAUUACAUGCUUUAAUUAGUUGCACAUUUGUUUUUCUUUGUGUAUUUUCACACGCUCGUGCUUCGUAUUUUGAUCCGGGUUUUGUGCCUUUGCCAAAAAAAGGAAUUGAUUUCUCCGAUGUUAAAAUGAUUGAUAAUAAUAAUAAUAAGGAAAAUAAUGAAGGUUGGACUAUUUGCAAUCGUUGUGAUACCUACCGACCAGCUCGAUCACAUCAUUGCAGGAUUUGUCGACGAUGCGUUCGAAGAUUAGAUCAUCAUUGUCCUUGGAUUAAUAAUUGUGUUGGUGAAUUUAAUCAAAAAUAUUUUAUGCUAUUUCUUUUUUAUGUCGGAGUUAUGAGUGUUUAUGUAAUGGCAUUUUUAAUUUGGUCAUUAGUUGUUUUUCCAGUAAAAAGUGACGCACUAGUAGUUAAUUCAAUAAUACUUUGUGUUGAGUCUUGUUUAUUUGGCCUUUUUGUUAUUACUAUACUCAUUGAUCAAAUUCAAUCGAUAUUAAAUGAUCGAAGUUUAAUCGAUACAUUGAAAUUAGAUGAACAUGCUCGUAUGGCACAGCAAAUAUUGCCACCGGCAAAAGUUCUAUUGCGAAAAGUUUUUGGGCCUGGCCCGAUUAUUUUCUGGUUAUUACCAUGUGAUCUGAAAAGUUCCAACGACGCGAUUGAGUUACGAGAAAUGCACAAUGUCUAA